CUUCCAUAGAAAAAUUUCGGUAGUUGGCGCCGGACCAUGCGACACUUUGUGUCACAUCACUACCGGCCCGCCUGAAAGACGGUAUAGUCGCCCAACAGCCUUAUAUAUAGAGGACUUAUCGAAUCCAAACCAGCAACCCAGAUUUUUUUCUCAAUCUCUCCUUUAUAUACAAACUCAUUCUAGUAACCUUCGUUAUUCUAAAAGAACUCUAGUUAUUACUAUCACCAACAACUCUUCCCUUGUCUUUCUCCCCUCCUCUCGCGGUAAUUUUUGCCCAAAGCGAAUCCGAAAUCAUACACAGCACAAUAAAUGACCAAAUCAAAGACGGCACGAGCAAAGGCAACAAUCGUGGACGAACGAAACGAUUGGCACAUCCAACCUGUUGACGAGGUCGUGGCGGCGUUUACAACGGACACAGAUCAAGGUCUUUCUACAGAGGAAGUGGAAAAGCGACAAACAAUUCAUGGAUUUAACGAACUCGGUGGUGAUGGCGGCGUAACUUGGCUCAAGAUACUCAUUCGACAACUCGCCGAUGCUAUGAAUUGGAUUUUCCUCGCGCUUGGUAUCGUGUCCAUGGCAUUAGCAGACUAUGCAACGGGUUCUUUGCUUCUAGCCCUUGCAGUCGGAAAUUUGUACCUGUCAUUUUCCCAAGAAUACGCAGCGGAGCAAACGUUGGCGGCGCUGAAAAAUCUGUCUUCUCCCGUAGCUGUUGUAAUCCGCGAUGGGCGCGAACAGACCAUCGCUAGCCGUGAAAUUGUCCCAGGCGAUAUUAUGAUUGUCAAAGAAGGUGACUCUGUUGCUGCAGAUGCUCGCUUGGUCUACAUUUCAAACUUGGAAACCGACGAAGCUUUAUUGACGGGUGAAUCCUUGCCUGUGCAAAAACAACUUGUUGUCUUGGAAAAAGAAGAUGAACCCUUGGGCGAUCGGAUCAAUAUGCUAUACAGCUCCACCAUUACUGCCAAGGGUCGCGGCAAAGCCAUUGUCACUGCAACCGGCCUACACACCGAGAUUGGCAAAGUUGCCGUCAAGCUCGAAGACAGCGGUGGUGACAUGACCCGUUUGCAAAAAACGUUGAACAAGAUGUAUCUGGGCUUAACAGGUGUCGCUGUUGUAUUGGCCAUUAUCGUCAUGGCCAGUGUGAAAUUCCAAUUGAACAUGGAUAUUGGCAUGUACACGAUUACCGCUGCAUUGUCCGUUCUUCCUGCCGGUUUGACUACAGUCAUGACGCUGACGCUCGUGCUCGGUGGAAAGCAGAUGACCGAACAAAAGGCGCUUGUACGUAAGCUCAAGGUACUGGAAACACUUGGCUCAGUGACCAAUAUCUUCUCAGACAAGACGGGCACAUUGACCAUGGCCAAAAUGGUGGUGGUGCGCUUUUGGACUCCCAAAGAAGGAUUUUUCCAUUGUUCGUCGAAUGGUCUGGCCCCACAAGGCGAUAUUUAUCAGAUCGAGGAUCCCAUGGUGUCCGAUGACGCUGCUAUCUCGACAAAAGGUGCCAUGGUCGAAAAAUCGAGUUUGUCCGAGGACUUGUUGCAACUGAUCCGUUGUGCUGCUCUUUGCAAUGUGUCCAGUAUCCACAGACGUCAUCAGGAAGAUGACGAAAAAGAUACCUCCAGCGACAAUACUUGGAUUGGUGACGAAAAGAAGAGUAGCAAGAAAAAGGAAGUUGAAGCUCGAGAGGAAGACGUCGACCAUGAUCUUGAAAAGAACAUCAAGAAAUUGGCCACUGGUGCAAACGAACAAGGCGACAGCACUUCCUCGGAUGAUUGGGUUGGUAGCGGCGCUCCUACUGAAGUUGCAUUACAAGUUUUUGCACACAAGUUUAGCAUGGGCAAGCCUGAUCUGGAAGCUAUUGGCUGGACUCCGUUGGCCGAAUACCAGUUUGAUUCAAGUAUCAAGCGCAUGUCGACACUGUACCGCAAUGUAAAGGACAACGAGGUCGUCGUAUUCACCAAAGGUGCUGCUGAACGUGUCCUACCCCUGUGUGACAAUAUCGAUGGCGAAAUCGAACAGCAAGACAUCAUGCAAAAAGUGGAUCAAUUGGCCACCAAAGGUUUGCGCGUGAUUGCCUUGGCUGUACGCAAGAUGGACACUGAAUCGACGCAAGUAUACAUUGACGGUGCUGACCAUACCAAGUUGCCCAAACGAGAAGACGUCGAAUGUAAUUUAAGAUUCCUUGGCUUGACCGGUAUCUAUGACCCGCCGCGUGCCGAAUCGCGUGAAGCCGUAGCCGAUGCCCAUCGUGCUGGUAUCAUGGUUCAUAUGUUGACGGGCGACCAUCCCAUUACUGCCAAAGCCAUUGCUCGGGAAAUCCACAUUUUGAACGAUAAAUUGCUUGCUUCUGACGAAAUUGACCAGUUGGUCAUGACAGGUCCUCAAUUCGAUGCCAUGACCGAUGAGCAAGUGGAUGUUUUGCCUCGAUUGCCUGUCAUUGUGGCUCGUUGUUCGCCGGACACCAAGGUGAAAAUGAUCGAAGCUGCUCAACGGCGUCAUCUCAUAUCAGCAAUGACGGGUGAUGGUGUCAAUGAUUCACCUUCUUUGCGAAGUGCUGACGUGGGUAUUGCCAUGGGCAAGAAUGGUAGUGAUGUCGCCAAGCAAGCUUCUGAUAUCAUUCUCACGGACGAUAAUUUUGCUACAAUUAUCCGAGCAAUUGCCGAGGGUAGACGUAUCUACCAAAACAUGCAGCGAUUCUUGAUGUACUAUUACAUUAUCUUGUUGGCUCUCGCCAUCGUUGUCAUGGCUUGUUUGUCUAUUCGGGAUCCUGAUGGCAAUACGGCUGCGCCUAUUUCUACGAUUCAAAUGAUCUUUUUGUUUGUUGGUAUCACUCCACCUGCUGGUGCUUUGAGUGUCCAACCUGCUUCGCCUACCAUCAUGGUCGAACCACCACGUCCACCUACCGAAAGCGUCUUUAACCGCGAAAUCCUGCUGGAUACGCUCGUGUACAGUCUCAUUUCCGCUGUCUCGUUCGCUGUCGCAUUCUUUGUGCCUUUGUAUACACAUGGAGGCCACGGUGUUGGUGGCGUGCUCUGCGAUUCAAACUACCAAGAAGGUGAUUGCGACUCGUUCUACUAUGCCCGUGGCUCGCUGAUGAUUGCCGUGAUUAUCAUUUCGAUUAUCAUCAUGACCCACUGCCGCAGUCAUCGUCGUCCAGAAUGGGGUCCCCGUGGCUUGAAAAAAACACUCAAGUCCAAGGCUGUGUUUGGCACGCUUGUGUUUGAUAUUGUUGCUUCGGUCAUCUUUUUGUACGUUCCCGUCGUUGAUACCGUAGGUUUCCGUCAUUUGGGCCCAACGUGGGAGUGGGGUAUGGUAAUGGGUUUGUCGAUCUUCACCGUUAUUGCUGGUGAGGUGUACAAGUAUGUUAAACGGCGAGUGAUGAAGCCACUUGAAAGACAUUCAGUGGAUGCACUCUUGUUUUAGAAUAGUUCUCUUUUAAUAUAGACACCAUCAUCAUCAUCAUCAUCAUCACCAUCUCCUUUUCAUCUUUUCUCCUUUGCAACUUAGAAUAUUAUGUAAACUGUAUCCUUUUAUUCCGCUCCACUCGUGUACUUCUAGCUUUAAUUAUUACCCGGCAAGCCGAAAAU